CUACUCACUAAAGUAGCUAGCAAAGCUCAGAGUCAAAGAUGGCUACUACUAAGCAUUUGGCUCUUGGCAUCCUUGUCCUCCUUAGCAUUGGCAUGACUACCAGUGCUAGGACACUCCUAGGUUAUGGACCUGGCGGAGGAGGUGGAGGCGGUGGUAGUGGCGGAGGAGGCGGCGGCGGUAACGGUGGCUCUGGAUAUGGUUAUGGGUCUGGGUAUGGUGAGGGAGGUGGUAGUGGAGGUGCUCCUGGUGGCGGGUAUGGGCGUGGUGGUGGUGGCGGCGGCGGUGGUGGUGAGGGUGGCGGUGCAGGCUCUGGCUAUGGGUCUGGGCAAGGCUCUGGCUAUGGGGCAUGCACUGGUGGUGCUGGAGGGUAUGGUAGUGGAGGAGGCGGUGGAGGUGGUGGUGGCCAAGGAGGCGGUGCUGGUGGCUAUGGGCAUGGGUCUGGCUCUGGCUAUGGCUCUGGCUAUGGCUCUGGUGCUGGAGGUGCUGGCGGUGGUGGCGGACAAGGUGGCGGCGGUGGAGGGGGCGGUGGCCAAGGUGGCGGCUAUGGUAGCGGCUCCGGCUAUGGCUCCGGAAGUGGAUAUGGGCAAGGUGGUGCUCAUGGUGGAGGCUAUGGAAGUGGUGGUGGUGGUGGCGGUGGUGGAGGCCAAGGUGGAGGUUCCGGCUAUGGCUCAGGCUCUGGAUAUGGCUCUGGUUUUGGCGGAGGCAAUGGACAUCACUAAGCUCAUUUUCUCUAUCAGCUACGAUAGCCUAUUGGUAUACAUGAAGCGUGAUCAGUGAUGAGUUUCUCUCACUGCUUUAAAAGUUAAACAGUUUGUCCGAUUGUAACGGUAGCACUGUACACUGGCUUGUCAUUUGAUCACAUAAGUUGGCAAAGCCUAGUAAAUAAAACGAUCUUUUUACUAAGGUCAUACUUCUGUA